AUGUGCACACCACCAUAUUGUAUCUCUCUAUCUUAUCUUUCAGAAAUGCCACCGUCGCCAGUGCCGCCGCUCAAUGCGACGAGGUUGAAAACAACGCUCAAGAUGGCCAUCUCCAAGCUCAAGUUUCUCCAGGAGAAGAAAACCGCCCUCACAAAACAGCAGCGCCGCCAGUUGGCCGACCUUCUUACCGCCGGCAAAGAACUGAGCGCCAAGAUCAGAGUGGAGAACAUCAUUCGCGACGACAUCUACAUCGAGCUUCUUGAGUACUGCGAGCUCUAUUGCGAGUUGCUUUUGGCCCGAAUGCUGCUUAUCUUGGACAUGCAGCGGCCCUUGGAUUCCGGAUUGAAAGACGCAGUUCUGCUGGUGGUGUACGCGGCCCAUUACACGGAGAUCAAGGAGAUGAUUGCCUUGGGCGACAUGUUGCGCAUGCGCUACGGCGCAGAGUUUGCUACGAAAGUGGCAGAGAACUCGGGCGGUGACUAUGUCCCGGCGAAAAUCGUCAAAAGCUGUGCGAUCGACCCGCCGCAAGAGACGUUGGUCGAUCUUUACUUGUGCGAAAUAGCAAGAGCGUAUGGUGUGCCGUACUCUGGCUUGCCCGAGGAAGAUUCGAGCGAGAGCGAUGAAGAGGGCGGGGCAAAAGAAAAUGCGCUAGAAGAGCCCGUGGCUGAGGCCAUAGCGGAAAAACCCAGCGUGGCAAAGAAGCCUCGCAAGGAGCAGACUGACUACGACGAGCUCAAGGCGCGUUUUGCGGCCUUGAAGCGCUAA